GUUUCAGGUGCUGCCGGAGUGCUGGUCGGACACCCUUUUGACACUGUUAAGAUGACAGAUAAGCCUCAUCACGGGAGAGUUACCUAGUUCGUCUACAAGUUCAAAAUGUAGAGAAACCUCUCUACCGUGGGACCUUCCAUUGCUUUCAGUCCAUCAUAAAGCAAGAAUCUGCUUUUGGACUCUAUAAAGGUAUUGGGUCACCAAUGAUGGGUCUUACCUUCAUUAAUGCACUUGUGUUUGGUGUGCAAGGAAACACACUUCGUGCUCUUGGAAAAGACACUCCUCUAAACCAGUUCCUUGCAGGGUCAGCAGCAGGGGCUAUCCAGUGCAUCAUCUGCUGUCCCAUGGAGUUGGCAAAGACAAGAAUGCAGCUUCAAGGAACAGGUGAAUACAAACUGAAAGUGAAGAACUACAAAAAUUCUCUGGAUUGUUUGAUCAAAAUCUAUCAAAAGGAAGGGCUGAAGGGUAUCAACAGGGGCAUGGUCUCUACAUUCAUAAGAGAGACUCCAAGCUUUGGCUUUUACUUCCUGACCUAUGACUGCAUGACCAGGUAUUUAGGCUGUGAAUCUGAAGACAGUUACGUUAUUCCCAAAUUGCUGUUUUCUGGAGGGAUGUCAGGAAUCGUGUCCUGGCUCUCAACCUAUCCUGUGGAUGUGAUCAAAUCCCGGCUUCAGGCGGAUGGAGUCGGAGGUGUCACACAAUAUAACGGCAUUUUAGACUGUGUCAGAAAGAGCUACCAUGAAGAAGGCUGGAGGGUGUUCACAAGAGGUCUUACUUCCACACUCCUCCGUGCUUUUCCUGUCAAUGCAGCUACCUUUGCUACUGUUACUGUGUUCCUAAUGUAUAUGAGGUCAGAAGACAACCUUCGUGAAUGUGAACCAGGUCCAGUAAUCCAGCAGCCUUCCAGUUUGUGA